UUUUUGUCUGUUCAAAAUGAAGGUUCAUUGGAUUUGAUGAAGAACAGAAAAAAAAGAAAGAAAAGGCGUGAGCAGCAGAGCUCGGUCAUUAAGGUGCAGCAGAGAUAGAGGUUCGUGUGGUUAGCUCGAGGUGAUUGUUCGCUGUUGACUAAUUCGACCAUUGUUCUCUUCCAGUGGCUCACCGCAACUCUCUGGAGAAAAUGGCGAGAAAUAAUUAGAGAACUAGCGGGGCCAUUGUGAAACGGUUCCUCUCUCAGGCAACAUACGGCUGAUACAGUUCCUUAUUGUGAAACGGUUCCUCUCUCAGGCAACAUACGGCUGAUACAGUUCCUUAUUGGAGUUACUGAGAAUAUCGAUAUUAUUGUCGAAUAUACUCUUACAGGAUGUAAAAACUAUGUAGAGAUAAAUACUGAAAGGCU